AUGGCGAAGUGGUUGUUGAUUUACACAUAUGGCACCCUGUCUUUAUGUCUGCUCAUCAUCAGCAUUGUGCUACUGGUAGCCCACACCUUCAUGGAGAUGGUGGAAACCCAGGUCAAGAAGGCCACAGUACUGAAAAAUGGAACAGAUGCCUAUAGUGCUUGGGCUGAUCCUCCUCCUCCCAUCUACAUGAAGUUCUACUUUUUCAAUGUUACUAACCCACAGGAGGUUUUGGAUGGAGAGAAGCCUGUUGUGGAUGAAAUUGGACCUUAUGUUUACCGUGAGUAUAGACCUAAAGAGAAUAUUAUGUUUCUUGAAAAUGGAACAGAAGUGUCAGCUGUCAACCCAAAAACAUACGUAUUUGAAGCUGGUCUAUCUAUAGGAAACCCAAGUACUGACUUAAUACGAACUGUCAAUAUUCCAGUUGUGACUCUGCUGGAGAUGGUCUUAAAAAACAAAUAUGCAGAUUUAUUAAGACAUAUAAUUGAAGGAAUACUGGAGGCGUACAAGGAAGGAAUGUUCACCACUCGAUCUGUUCAUGAAAUGCUAUGGGGAUACAAUGACUCCCUUCUUUCCUUGGCUCAUAGAGUGGAUUCCAACAUCAGUGAGACAUUUGGAUUGUUCAACAAUAUGAAUGCAACAAAUGAUGGGACAUAUGUAUUUCUCAGUGGAUCAAAAGGAUACAUGGACUUUACUCGGAUUGUGGAAUGGAAUGAUAAAAGAAAUCUAUCUUGGUGGUCUUCAGAUACAUGCAAUAUGAUUAAUGGAACAGACGGGACAUCUUUUCACCCAUUGAUAGAUAAAGAUGACAUAGUUUACAUGUUUUCAUCAGACCUGUGCAGAUCUUUGUAUGCGGUUUAUGACUCCACAAGAAGCAUAAAGCACAUUUUAGCCUUCCGUUUUGUCCCACCUGCAAAGGUUUUUGCUAAUGUAACGAUCAAUCCGGACAAUGCUGGUUUCUGUGUUCCCGCUGGAAACUGCCUGCCGUCGGGACUGCUGAAUGUCAGUGAAUGCAAACAAGGUGCCCCUAUCAUUCUCUCUUCUCCACAUUUCUACCAAGCGGAUAAAUCCGUAAUUAAUAGCAUAGUGGGAAUGCAUCCUAACCAAGAUGACCAUGAAACAUUCCUGGAUAUCAAUCCGCUUACUGGAAUAUUACUGAGAGCUGCCAAGAGAAUGCAAGUCAACGUCUAUGUAAGACAAAUUCCUAAAUUUAGUGUUACAAAAAAUAUACGGACUCUCUAUUUCCCAGUAAUGCACUUCAGUGAGACCACUCUCAUUGAUGACAAGUCUUCUGCAAAACUUAGGAUCAUUCUAUGGAAAGCCAAAGUAGUAGCCAAUGUUCCUUUCAUCAUUAUGGGACUAGGCCUAUUGUUUGGUGUAUUAUUUGUUAUUAUAGCAUGCCGUCCACAAAUAACAAGAGAAGAGGUG